AUGAAAAUCUUAACCAUUGGCGAUAUCUUUGGAGAAACCGGCCGGCAAGUCAUUAAAAAUUAUCUCCCCCAAUUAAAAAAAGAAUAUCAAAUUGACCUAACUGUUGCCAAUGUAGAAAAUACUACUCACGGCAAAGGAAUAUCCC